AUAUAUAUACAAAUAUAUGAGUUGGACUGCACAAGGUACCCCAUCAACAAGUUUUUAGUUUCCCCCACCAAGAAUAGGAAAAUGUUUGGAACAAUUUCAGAAGAGAUGGAAGUGCAAGUUUCAGCCACAGAAGCAUGGCAACUCUACGGAACGCUUCGGCUGGCAAGGCUCACUGAAGAAGAGCUCUCUGAUGUCAUUCACAAAAUUGACAUCAUAGAAGGUGAUGGAGGUGUUGGCACAAUUCUCAAACUAACAUUUCCACCAGGGACGCCGGUUUUUUCUUAUUACAAGGAGAAGUUUACAAAGAUUGAUGAUGAGAAUCGAGUGAAAGAAGCGGAGGUGAUUGAAGGAGCAUAUCUUGAAAUAGGAUUUACUCUGUAUAGGGUUCGCUUUGAAAUCAUAGAGAAAAGUGAGAAUUCAUGCAUAACCAAGUCCACAAUUGAGUAUGAAAUCAAGGAAGAAGCUGCUGCUAAUGCUUCACUCGUUAGCAUCCAGCCACUGGUGAAAAUUAUGGAUGUCUCGGCCAAUUAUCUCCUCAAAAACAAAAAGUAAACUAUGAUAUGCCUCUCUACUUUCAAAUUUGUCAGCCCUUUAUCAUUGUUAUAAAAUAAAUUUCAACUGUAGUUUGUUUGUUGUUAAGAAAGGAUGAAAUUAAACCGAUGAUGUUCAAAUUUCAAUUGUAACUUGUUUGGGAUUAUAUAUAUAUACAGUUAUAGUGUUA